UUCUUUCUUUUCUUUUGGAUUCGAUUCCUCUUUCUCCUGUCCUUCCUCGAUGCCGCCCACAUCGCCGAAGAAGCACGGCGGCGAGCAGCAGCCCGAUACCAACUCUGGCCAGAAGUCUCAGCGCUCCAAGGCCGCUAGGGUUUCUGAUGACGCCGCCGACAAGAAGACUAGAAGACUCAAGGACGCGGAGAUCAGCUUUCCAAUUGUAUAUGGAACUAUAUCAUUCUGGCUUGGCAAAAAAGCAAGCGAGUUCAAUUCCCACAAAUGGACUGUUUAUGUUCGCAGUGCGACAAAUGAGGACUUGAGUGUGAUAAUUAAGCGUGCUGUCUUUCAACUGCAUCCUAGUUUCAACAAUCCAACAAGGGUUGUAGAGUCAGCACCGUUUGAAUUGUCAGAAUCUGGAUGGGGAGAAUUUGAAAUAGCUAUUACCCUCUUUUUCCACAAUGAUGUUUGUGACAAGCAGCUGGACCUAUAUCACCAGCUAAAGUUGUAUCCUGAAGAUGAUAAUGGACCCCAGUCAACAAAAAAGCCCGUUGUUGUGGAAACAUAUGAUGAGAUAGUUUUUUCUGAGCCUACUGAGGCGUUCUUCCUCCGUGUCCAAAAUCAUCCAGCAGCAUUUGUUCCAAGGCUACCUGCUGGUCUAAACUUGCCACUCCCAGGUCCUAUUGAACAUGUGAAUGAAAAGAAAAGAGGCGACACCAAGGAUCAUCCGCUAAGUCAGUGGUUCAUGAAUUUCUCUGAGGCAGAUGAGCUAUUGAAACUUGCGGCUGCUCGUCAGCAGGUGCAGGCCCACAUAGUUAAGCUCAGGAGACAGUUGAGCAUGAUUGAUGGCCUGCCUCAGCAGUCGAAAACAGCUUCUGGUGAUCUUGUGGCAAGAGUAACAUGGCCUACAUGUGCAAAACAGAGAAGGAGAUCACCCUCACACCCCACCACCACAGAAAUUGCUCUCUUUUGAUCAUUGCAAACCACUGAUCGUUGGUGUCCAGCUGGUUGGUACCUGGCAGGACAAAUAUUUUACAUGCAAUGCUGGUAAAAUGGGACCAACCUUCACAAUCCGUGACUCUAAAAUGCAGAGAUAUAAUUGUACUCGCUCUUUUUCUCAUCCAUGUUUUAGGAAAAGGACACAGAAUUCUGCCAAAAAAAAGGACCAACAGAAAACUGCCUGAAGAGCACAGUGGGAAAUAAGCUGCUCGAUGUAAAUGUAUGGAGGCUUCAUGGGAAUUAUAACUUUGCAGUGAUACUAUCCUUAAAGAGUCUCCACCAAGCCCGGAUGGACAGUGGAAAGAGUCUCUACAUUAUUGUGAGAAGGGAACUUUAGUUUCAUAUUGAAGUCUAAUCAUUUGAUAAGAUCUUGAUCAAGCUGCUUGCCUUUGAUCCAGAGACGGCUUUGACCAUAAAUCUGUAUUAGUUUGUGAUGGGUAUGACUCUUUAAUCUUUUCCUAUACUAGAGUAAAGAAAAGGGGCGUGGAGUCUAAGCUUUUGAAAGGAUUGGAUUGGUCAAGCAGGAGCGAGCUGUUUACUGACGGAAACUUGGAAUUUGAACACAAAGCCAUGUUAUUGUUGUUAUUAUUAAAUGACAUGCUUAUCAAUCUGUGACUCUGGAUCCUUGCAGGAUAAAUGGAAUGAGACGCCAUCGCAUUUGAUUGAGAGCAA